AAAUCCGAUUCCGUAAUCCAAAUAAAGAGGUAUAUCGUAACCUAGUCGAGUACAGCCCGUCAGUGUUACAUUCAAGAGGAGAAGGCCAGACAAAUAGAGAGAGAGAAUCAAUUGCUUUUUCAAAAAAUACUAGGCAUUACAAUGAAACAGAGAAACAGUUCAACAACUCCAACAAAAACAACAUUAAAUUAUAAAACCCGAAAGGAUUUUCAAUAGAAAAUAAUGGAUGAAAACUAGAGACUAUUAACUAGAAUCAAUUAGCAAACAUCGUAUUACAAGAUGUAAAAAUUGUAACCAAAAUCAUUAUCUAAGCAAAGAGCAAAUUCCUCUGUAAGUAUUUAAUAAAAUUACAUAGUAUUUGCCAAGUAAGAAAACUUAGGAAUUAUAUUAGAGCAAUUUAGAGUAAGAUGGUUAAGUUUACAAAAUAAAGAUUAUGAUAGAUGGACAGUAUAGUAUUUUAAUUUUGUUUAGAUUAUUUAAGAUAUUGGCCACGACAGAGGAACAAUCAUAUACACGAGUAUUGGAGAUGAUGAAAAGUGACGGUAAUAUAUAUGGUGUUUGAUUUGAAUAGGAAUUCUAUUGAUGAAAAAUGUUUUUUAGAAUGAUUAUGAAAAAUUGAUGGGAAGUUUGUAGAUUUCGAAUAAGAUAACAAUAAAAGGGAUUGAAUUGAUAGAGACUCAUGGCAAUUAUGGUUGA